GGGGACUCCGGGAGGCCGAGGGCCACAGCGCUGACAUACAGGGCUCGGAGUACCGGGCAUCCCAGGCACCAUGAGUUUGUCCUUGCACCCCCGGAGUGUAAUUCUCUACCUCUGCACUCUUUUAUUGCUCUCUUCAACAUGCCUGGCAUAUGUUGCUACCAGAGAUAACUGCUGCAUCUUAGAUGAAAGAUUUGGUAGUUAUUGCCCAACAACCUGCGGCGUUGCAGAUUUUCUGUCUACUUACCAAGCCAAAGUGGACAAGGAUCUACAGGCUUUGGAAGACAUCUUAAGUCAAGCCGAAAACAAAACUUCAGAAGCCAGAGAACUGAUCAAAGCAAUCCAGGUCAUCGAUGAUCCUGAUGCACCAUCAAAACCAAAUAAGGUAGAUGGUGCUACUCAGAGUUCCAAGAAAAUGAUAGAAGAACUUUUGAAAUAUGAAGCCACAAUUUUAACACACGACUCAAGUAUUCAAUUUUUGCUGGAUAUAUAUAAUUCAAAUAACCAAAAGAUCAAUAACUUGAAACAAAAGGCAGUCCAGCUGGAAGCAAAGUGUCAGGAACCUUGCAAAGAUACAGUACAAAUAUAUGAAACAACUGGGAAAGAUUGUCAAGAAAUUGCAAACAAGGGAGCCAAAGAGAGUGGGCUUUACUUUAUCAAACCUCUCAAGGCUAAGCAGAAGUUCUUAGUCUACUGUGAAAUUGAUUCAUCUGGAAAUGGAUGGACUGUGAUUCAGAAGAGACUUGAUGGCAGUUUGGAUUUCAAAAAAAAUUGGAUUCAAUAUAAAGAAGGGUUUGGACAUCUGUCUCCUACUGGCACCACAGAGUUUUGGCUGGGAAAUGAGAAGAUCCAUUUGAUAAGCACGCAGUCUGCAUUCCCAUAUGCAUUAAGAGUACAAUUGGAGGACUGGACUGGCAGAACCAGCACUGCAGACUACUCCACAUUCAGGGUGGCACCUGAGGCUGACAAAUACCGCAUGACAUAUGCAUACUUCAUUGGUGGAGAAGCUGGCGACGCCUUUGAUGGCUUUGAUUUUGGUGAUGAUCCUAGUGACAAGUUUUAUACAUCCCACAAUGGCAUGCAGUUCAGUACCUGGGACAAUGACAAUGAUAAGUUUGAUGGCAACUGUGCUGAACAGGAUGGGUCUGGUUGGUGGAUGAACAAGUGCCAUGCUGGCCACCUCAAUGGAUUUUAUUACCAAGGUGGCACUUACUCAAAAGCAUCUACUCCUAACGGUUAUGAUAAUGGCAUUAUUUGGGCCACUUGGAAAUCCCGGUGGUAUUCCCUGAAGACAACUGUCAUGAAGAUCAUCCCAUUAAACAGACUCUCCAUUGGAGGACAGCAGCAACACGUGGGGGGAGCCAAACAGGCUGGAGAUGUUUAAAAGACCAUUUCAAAAGUGAUUUGCUUCUUUAAAGGACUUAUCUAAAUAGAGAACUACAAUAUUUUUCCUAUGGGACAACGGACUUGCAAAGCCACACAUCGCAUUAAGAGUAGAAAGAACCCAUGUUGAAAACUCCACUAAUAGUUUUAUGCUGGUGAUAAUUUUUCUAUAUGCCAUUUCAAUAAACAUUUUGUUUCCUAAGGGUA